AUGACUGAUUUCGUGGAAGAACCAUUUACAGUUAUUUCACCACGUCGUCAACAUAAACUAUCAUGUAUUUUUCAUCGAAAAAAAUCUCCUUAUAUUGAUGAAGAAAAUCGUGAACAUAUUAUUAUUUUAUGUCAUGGAUAUAUGUCAAAUAAGAAUGGUGUUUUUCUUCCACAAUUAUCACGUGAAAUAUCUUCUUCGUCUACUAAACAAUUUCAUUCCGUUCGUUUUGAUUUUCAUGGUUAUGGUGAAUCAACUGGACGUGAUGAUUGGGAUUAUGGAGGAUAUGAAGAUGAAGCCAAAGAUGAUUUAAGAUCUAUUGUUGAAUAUUUACGUAAUAAAAAUGAAAAAUAUUUUAUUCGAGCUCUUAUAGGACAUUCACGAUCUGGAACAACAGUAUUACUUUAUGCUUCAUAUUAUGAUGAUAUACCACUUAUAGUUAAUGUAGCUGGACGUUAUCGACUUGAACGUGGUAUAACUGAACGAUUUUCUAAAGCACAAUUAGAUGAAUUAGAAAAAAAUGGUUCAUUUACACUGAAUACAAUCAAAGAUGGAAGUUUUCGUAUAACAAAACAAGCAAUAGAACGUCGAAAAAAUGUUGAUUUAGAUCAAAUAAAAAAGAUUCGUAAUGCUAAAAUUUUAAAUAUAUGGGGUGAUAAAGAUGAUGUUAUACCUGGUGAUGAUAUUUAUUCAUUUGAUGAUCAAUUAAAAAAUACAAAAAAAACUGAAAUGAUCAUUGUACCGGAUGCUGAUCAUUGUUUUAAAGGCAAAGAAAAAGAAUUAAUUAAUAUUAUUCAAUUAUGGAUACAACAAUCCAUUGAUUAG